GCCACUGUUCGUGAGAGGAGACAUGGAGCAACAAGGAGUUCAGCUGGAUCGAGAAGCUUUCUCCUGUUCCAUCUGUUUGGAUCUGCUGAAGGAUCCUGUGACCACUUCCUGUGGCCACAGCUACUGUAUGAAGUGUGUUCAAAACUUCUGGGAUGAAGAGGAUCAGAGAGGAAUCCACAGCUGCCCUCAGUGCAGAGAGACAUUCAUACCGAGGCCUGCCCUGAAGAAAAACACCAUGUUAGCAGCUUUAGUGGAGCAGCUGAAGAAGACUGGACUCCAAGCUGCUCCUGCUGAUCUCUGCUAUGCUGGACCUGAAGAUGUGUCCUGUGAUGUCUGCUCUGGAAGAAAACUCAAAGCCAUCAAGUCCUGUUUAGUCUGUCUGGCCUCUUACUGUGAGAAACACCUUCAGCCUCAUUAUGAUUCAGCUCCACUUCAGAAACACAAGCUGGUGGAUCCCUCCAAGAAGCUCCAGGAGAACAUCUGCUCUGCUCAUGAUGAGGUGAUGAAGAUGUUCUGUCGUACUGAUCAGAAGUGUAUCUGUUAUCUCUGCUCUGUGGACGAACAUAAAGGCCACGACACAGUCUCAGCUGCAGCAGAAAGAGAUGAGAGGCAGAGAGAGCUCCAGGUGAGACGAGAAACAAUCCAGCAGGAGAUCCAGGACAGAGAGAAAGAUGUGAAGCUGCUUCAGCAGGAGGUGGAGGCCAUCAAUCACUCUGCUGAUCAAACAGUGGAGGACAGUGAGGAGAUCUUCACUCAGCUGAUCCGUCUCAUCCAGAAAAGAAGCUCUGAUGUGAAGCAGCAGAUCAGAUCCCAGCAGGAAACUGAAGUGRGUCGAGUCAAAGAGCUUCAGGAGAAGCUGGAGCAGGAGAUGACUGAGCUGAAGAGGAAAGAUGCUGAGCUGAAGCAGCUCUCACUCACAGAGGAUCACAACCAGUUUCUCCACAACUSCCCCUCAGUGUCAGCACUCAGUGAGUCUCCACACUCAUCCAGCAUCAAGAUCCGUCCACUCACAUACUUUGAGGAUGUGACAGCAGCUGUGGAGGAGCUCAGAGACRAACUACAGGACGUCCUGAGAGACGCGUGGACAAACAUCUCACUGACUGUCUCUGAGGUGGACGUCUUACUGUCAGAACCAGGACCAGGACCAAAACCAGGACAAGAACCAAAGAGCAGAGCUGGAUUCUUAAAAUAUGCCCGUGAAAUCACACUGGAUCCAAACACAGCACACACAUACCUGAAACUGUCAGAGGGAGGCAGAAAAAUAACAAUGAGUGAWCAUCAGCCUUAUCCCAAACAUCCAGACAGAUUCACUGGAUGGUGGUCUCAGGUUCUGAGCAGAGAGAGUCUGACUGGUCGUUGUUACUGGGAGGUGGAGAUGAAAGGAAAACUUAUUACUGUAGCAGUCGCCUACAAGAAUAUCAGCAGAGAUGGGAGUGGGAAUGAAAGUAGAUUUGGACUCGAUUACAAAUCCUGGGCAAUACAACCUAACCAAAACAGGUUUACAUUUACUCACAACGACAUCAAUACCUCCAUCUCAGGUCCUGGUUCCUCCAGGAUCGGGGUGUACCUGGACCAAAGAGCAGGUGUUCUGUCCUUCUACAGCGUCGCUGAAACCAUGACCCUCCUCCACAGAGUCCAGACCACCUUCACUCAGCCGCUCCACGCUGGAGCUUGUGUUUACUACAAAGGAGACUCUGCAGAGUUCUGUAAACUCAGAUAGAGYUUAUCAUUAACACUGACAAGACUUUUUAACGUGAUGUUUCUAAAGUUCUUGUUUAUUUUUGUUUUGUUUUGUUUUGAACUUCACCAGUGAUUGUGUGGCUAAAAAUGUUUCCUCUAGUAAUAUUGUGUUAUUUUGACAAAAAUUUCCAACAAAUUUUCUGUUUUAAUUUUUCAUUAAUAUUUGUAUCAGUGUGCUGCUGUUUCUCAUCCUGUUUUAAAGAUGAUUUUUUUGUUGUUAAACUUUAAA